AUGAACCAGAUCUGGCACUCGCUAGUAGACACCGUCCGCGUGCUACCGACCAUCCCGACAGACCAUGUCGACCAAGAAAAACAAACCGUCAAUGCCGCUUUGGAGAAACUCAACGUGCUCAUGGCUCUUCGCCGAGGCGAACGCUCUACCCCCGACCCGAAUCCCCAUCCUCGGCUCCCAACGGCCAUCCUGCCUUCUGCCGCCGUGCAAGGGGCCACCCCUGGCUCGGGCGGAGGCGCCAAGAGGAAGCGUAAAGGCUCUUUCUCGGCGUCGCCGGCGCCCAUGACUUUAGACUUGACUGGUACGGCAAUGGUGAUUCACCCUUCGCCUUUACCUACUGCAUCAGCAGCAGGUACGAAACCCAGUACGCCAAUGUCGCGAGAAGCGACCGGUAAACAUAGGCGCGAGUUGUAUGCGGACCAGCUACCGUUACAACCUGGGCGAAAAGUCGCUUUCAAACUGCCCGCCAAAAGCACGAGAGACGGGGAGGAUAGCCAGGGUGGGGCGGGGGAUGAUUGGAUUCUUGCUACAGUCAAGCGGUGCAUACUGCAAGACCGGAUGAGGUAUGAAGUGCAAGAUGUGGAUGAUGGAAACACAUACAACACGACCCUUCGCUCCAUCAUCCCCCUUCCCGACCCCGCCUCUCCGACUCAACUCACCUCCAAUCCCGCCAACAUUGAAGACUACCCCCGCGAAUCAAUCGUCCUCGCCCUGUACCCCGAUACCACGUCCUUUUACCGCGCGACUGUCGUGGCUGCGCCGUAUCCUGGCUCUGGAAACGGUCUGGGAAUCCGAGGGCAGGGCCAUGGACUGAAACCGGAUCCGGGGGCGAAGAGGGGGGUGUAUAGAUUAAUGUUUGUGGAUGACGAUGGGCAUGUGCAGGAGGUGCAGAAGGAUUAUGUCGUGCCGUACCCUGGGUGA